CCGCAGGAGGAGGAGGAGGAAGUGACGUUGACGGGGGUGAGGGGUCGGUAAAUAUUGGUGACGUCAGGCCGCCAAGAUGGCGGAGGGGGAGGACGCGGGCUGGUGGCGGAGCUGGCUGCAGCAGAGCUAUCAGGCCGUCAAGGAGAAGUCCACAGAAGCUUUGGAAUUCAUGAAACGGGACCUGGCUGAGUUCACUCAAGUAGUGCAGCAUGACACAGCCUGCACUAUCGCUGCUACAGCCAGCGUGGUCAAGGACAAGCUGGCAAGGACAGAAGGCUCCUUGGGUGCAACUGAAAAGGUGAGGAAGGGGCUCUCUGACUUCCUGGGUGUCAUCUCGGACACAUUUGCUCCCUCACCGGAUAAGACCAUUGACUGCGAUGUCAUUACACUGAUGGCAACACCCACAGGUACCACAGAGCCCUACGACAGUGCCAAGGCUCGUCUCUACAGCCUCCAGUCAGACCCAGCCACCUACUGCAACGAACCUGAUGGCCCUGCUGAGCUCCUUGAGGCCUGGCUCUCUCAGUUUAACCUAGAGGAGAAGAAAGGGGAGAUCGCGGAGCUGCUGGCAACCAGCCCUUCCAUCCGGGCUCUCUACACCAAAAUGGUCCCUGUGGCUGUUUCCCAUUCUGAAUUCUGGCAGCGCUACUUCUAUAAAGUGCAUCGCCUGGAGCAGGAUGAAGCCCGAAGGGAGGCUCUGAAGCAGCGAGCGGAGCAGAGCAUUCACCAAGAGGAGCCAGGCUGGGAAGAAGAUGAAGAGGAGUUCUUGGGGAUGUCACCCCUGCCUUGUGCAAACGUGAAAUUGCCAGAAGCAGCAGAGAAAGAAUCUGCCCCUGCAGCCCUGGAGGGAAGCCACCCCACUGCUCACAAGGGACCCUCAGAGGAAAGCUGGGCUGUCCUUCCUCCGGAGCUGGCCCCAGCAGAGAGGAGCCCCUCUGAGAGCAGUGAGAGUGUCUCCCUUGUGACUCAGAUUGCAAACCCUGCCUCUGUGCCUGCUGCACAGCUACAGACUGGAGCACAACCAGCCGGGGCCAGAGACCUCUCCCAGAAGCUGCUGGAGGCCACCUCGGAAGAGCAGAGCUCCCUGCCAAAGCCCCCAGAACCCGGUCAUCCUUCUGCACCUGCCCAGGAGUCAGCAGCAUCCUCAGAGCAGCCGUCUGUUACAGAGCUCAGAGAGGUGGAGAGCAAAGGCCAGGGCAGGACAGAGACUCUGAAAGAGGAAGGACCAACAGAUCUACGUGUCUUUGAGCUGAACUCGGAUAGUGGGAAAUCCACUCCCUCCAACAAUGGCAAGAAAGGCUCCAGCACGGAUAUCAGUGAGGACUGGGAAAAGGACUUUGAUUUGGACAUGACUGAAGAGGAGGUGCAGCUGGCGCUCUCGAAGGUGGAAGUGUCUGGGGAGCUGGAAGAUGAAGAGUGGGAAGACUGGGAAUAAAGCGACUGCUUCCAGUGUGUGUCACAGGCUCAUUUCCACCAUCGAAUGUGAAUUAAAUCACAGACCGGCUGUUCCUUUGUGUGUAACUGUGCUGGGGAUUGCAGUUCCAGGCUGGAGGAGUUUCAUUCCUGCUAAAUCCUGUGGGCAACUCAAGUGACCCCUUCAGAGCUGGAGGAGGAGAAGGAGGAAGCAGGAGUUCACUCGUACAUGUAGCUGCUAGGGAGGCCAUCUUCUCAGUAGGUCCUAGAGACUGGCCAAGCCAAAACUGACUGCCCCGAAAGCGUCGGGUAGAGGCAGAUGCGAUGCAGUGAGGGGUCCCCAGGGCGAGCUGGGCACUCGGACACCUGGCGGGAUCUCUCGGUGCUGCCAGCUGGCUGAUAGUUUCCUUGUGCGCGCGUGUUGUCUACAGUGCAGCAGUUCAGAGGCUCUUGGAUGUAAGCUGUGCCUGCUCGCUCGCCGCUCCGUGCUGCUGGCUGGGCCGUCCCUGGAGAAAGCCCCCAUGGAGGGAGCGGCCGGGGGCUGGAGGUGCUGCAGCAGAAGCCCCUUCUGCUCUUCGCUCGUUGCCGCAAAGAAAGGCAGUCAGCUUGUGGCUUUGGCCUAAAGCUGGGCCAUGCUGGAAGGAGCCAAACUCCCUGCAAACCCUGAGCUUCUGCCUGGCUUUUUGUCUUGGAAGCUUUUUCUAAUGGAAACUCUCGUUUCCUGCUGCGAGAGCAGGAGCGCCUCUAAGAGCCAAGACCUGCUGCUUCCCCCUUUGCAGCUGCACUGCCUUCCUCUACUGGGUUUUCUGUACUUCUAGGUAAAUUUCCCAAGCAAAGUACUCGUGGCCUGCUCUUACUUGAGCCCUUCUGGGCAGGCAGUGAUUUGGGUCACCUCGGGAGCAGAACCCCUCUGUCGUGGUGCCCAGUUCAGCCCUUGCAAAGCCCCAGUGACCACUUAAACCUCCACCUUGGCACUGAGGCUCGGCCCUUCCCUUGCCCAGCGGGAGGCAGAAGUGCCUGGGCGCGGGUGGUACCUGUUGGCUGAGGCUGUGUCUGUCCACUCGUCUGUCUCCCCUCGCGUUCCCCCCGUGCCAGGCCCCACGGCCACCAGGGUCACAAUCCUCACUGUGCUCACUUGGGUUCCUUCCCUUAAGCCCCCUGUGACUGCUUGCAAUGCUUCCUCCGGACCUACAGCCUCUCUUUUUUGGGGCAGUUCCCUUCUCAUUAGAAGAUGCUAAUGAGAUGCAUGAGAUGCUCCUCAGUGGAUGUUGCUAAUUACAGUGAUCCAAAAGGGACAGAGCCCUCGCUGCUGUCUCUGGCUUUUGGGGUGGUGGUUUUAUAUGCGCUACCUUUGUCCUUCUGCCCCUUCCAGGGCUGCUCCGUUGGAGCUGUGGGUUUCCUUCUGGGUUUGGAUAGCGUUAGCCUAGGUGCACUUGGAAGAGUUGGGGUUUUUGGUCUUUUUUUGCCCCCUCUUUGAGGACAUUCUCAAAUGCAGCUGCCCACACAGGCAGAUUGGUGGCAGCGGUGACUUCAGGCGCUUACGUGGGAGCUUGUCUGUCCUGCAGAGCCCACGAGGGCCAGGGACUGCGCUACAGCUCUCCUCCCUCCUGGUGUACAGUGGGCCCUGUGGCACCUCCGGAAUGUUCUGCCACCUCACCCUGUCCUGGGCUCGAAUUUACUGUAGCAGGAAAACCUGCUGUGGGGAGGUGACACGCGUGGGGUGUCGGGGCUGUGGUCCCUCGGGGUUUGGUGGUCUGAGUCACGGCUGGGUCCCUGGGCCUGCGGCAGAGCUCCGAGGGUUCAGUGCUCUCAUCUGUGUCGCUGCUUUUUUUUUUUUUUUUUUUUUUUUUUUUUAAUUCUUUAGUCAAAUUAACCAUUUGGUUGUCUGUGCAAUAUUCUCUGUUCUGAACUAUUCUGCAUCUCCCUGAGCCUUUUCUAGCUGGGGUGAAAACCAGGAGCAAUUCUAACCGCUGGUAGUUUUGUAACAAUGACUUUCUCUGAACCUUUUACAGACUUGCAGUUAACAGCAAUU